GGUGGUGUCAUGGCGGCGCCCAUGGCCAGAGGAGCCGCCGCUCUCCGGCGCGGCCGGUCUCUGGUUUCGGCCGCGGCUUCGCCAGGCCCCGCGGCCCCCAGGCGUUGGAGCAGCAGCGGCAACAUCCGCUCAUUGCACCAGCGCGGCAUCUUUAAGGACACCUUCCCGGAGGCGGGCGACCUGCCCCGGCUCCUGGCCUCGGGUGCUCAGACCGUCUACUGCGGCUUCGACCCCACCGCCGACAGCCUGCACGUCGGCAACCUGCUCGCACUCAUCGGCCUCCUGCACCUGCAGCGGGCCGGACACCGCGUCCUCACACUGCUGGGGGCAGCCACCGCGCGGCUGGGUGACCCGUCCGGCCGGAACAGCGAGAGGCAGCCACUGGACGCUUCCCGCAUCGAGGAGAACGCGAGAGGUGUCCAGGAGGACAUCCUGAAGGUGUUCCACAACCACCGCCACUGCUUCUGCAACGAUGACCAGGUUCACUCUCUGGGCACACAUUACAUCCUGAACAACUCGUCCUGGUACCAGGGCAAAGAGGUGGUGGAUUUCAUGGAGACUGUGGGCAGACAUUUCCGCAUGGGCACCAUGCUGAGCAGGCACAGUGUGCAGAGCCGCCUGAGGAGCGCCGAGGGCAUGAGCCUGACAGAGUUCACCUAUCAGCUCUUCCAAGCUUACGAUUUCUAUCAUUUGAACCAACAUUAUGGCUGCAGGAUCCAGCUGGGAGGCACAGACCAACUGGGCAACCUGAUGUCUGGAUAUGAAUUUAUUCAAAAGGUAACUGGGCAAGAAGUCUAUGGCAUCACAAUACCUCUGGUAACAAGCACCUCAGGUGAUAAACUGGGUAAAAGUGCAGGAAAUGCCGUAUGGCUGGAUAGCAAGAAGACCUCACCCUUUGAACUGUACCAGUAUUUUGUCAGACAGCCAGAUUCCAAUAUGGAAAGGUAUCUGAAACUUUUCACUUUCAUUCCGCUUCUUGAGAUUGAAAAUCUCAUGGAUAACCACAGGAAAGAUCCUGGAAAGCGGCUUGCUCAAAAACGACUCGCAGCAGAAGUCACUAAACUAAUUCAUGGCAAAGAAGGGCUUGUGUCUGCCAAGAAAUGCACAAAUGCCCUGUAUCAGAGCAGUGUGGCUGCCCUGGAAACGAUGUCAGACAAGGAGCUUCAAGAGCUAUUCAGAGAAGCCCCCUUCUCCGAGAUACUACUCGAACCUGGGACAUCAGUGCUUGAUCUUUGUCGUAAAGCUAAUGCUAUUCCAGAUGGACCCACAGGAUAUCAGAUAAUAACAAAUGGCGGAAUUUGGAUAAACCAUGUGCGAGAAGCCAAAGCAGAACAAGUGCUGGUUUUGGGGCAGCACAUUCUAUCUAAUGGCCUAUCACUGCUUCGUGUUGGGAAGAAAAACUACUACAUUGUGAAGUGGCUGAAUAUGGCGACCUAAUCAAAGUCCAGUUUUGCAUUGAAUACCCUUUCACCAUGGUUAUGAAGCAAUGUUCUCUAAUUCUUGAGUACAACCUAGUUAAAACUUUGAAAAUGGUCAGAGAUGUGGAGCAAGUUCAAGAGCAGUCUUUGUGAAGUUUACAUGAAAGAGGAUUGCCCCCAUAGCUCUGAUGAUAGAUCGCUGGUCCGAACAAAAAGAUUUGUGCUAAUGUUGCAAAAUUGACUGAUGCUAUUGAGUGUCUAUCAUUUAGUGUAUUUUGGAGGUUGUUGGCUGGACCACUUUGUAGAAAGAGAUACUGUAGACUAUGGUUGGGAGAGGGUCGAGAGAGAGGGAAGAGAAGGGGACAGAACAAUAAGUCCACUCCCCUCAAUUCCUUUUGCUCUUACUCAGGAGGUGGUGUUGCUACUCUGUUGCCCAUUUGAAGCUGAUGUGGCGGUAAUAGGAGAUGUGGUACUGGUGAGGAAAGUGACAUUCUAGAUAGAAUACUUGGAGACAAGAAUUCAGCUCUACUACGAGAAGGAAGAGCGCACAGAGAAUUAGAAAGUUAAAAGGAUCACCAAAUGUAGCCUCAGGCUUGCAUACUGAUACUUAGAACACAUUGCUGAGAUCUGACAUGCACCUGAACAGAUAAUGCAUCCGGAAAUAAAAACUCCUUGUGGGAGAAAAUCCUUAUUUUAGUAAAAAAACAUCAAAAAGAAUAAAAUAAAUAGACCACCUGAA